AUGGCUGAGGACUUGGAGGAAUCUGCAGGGAUUUUGGGAGAUAUUAACCUCACUCUUGGCAUGCUGAACAAGGAAGAUAAUAUUAGCAAGGAAGACAUUUAUGGUCAUCUCACUUCCAUUAUUCAGAAUACUGACAUCUUGGAUGAUGCAAUUGUCCAAAGGUUGAUUUAUUAUGCUUCUAAGGACAUGAGAGAUGACAAUAUCCUCAGAGAAAUCAGAAUGCUAGCUGGGGAGGUGUUGGUGUCCCUUGCUGCACAUGACUUCAACUCUGUGAUGUAUGAAGUACAAAGUAACUUCAGGAUUCUGGAGCUACCAAACGAGUUUGUUGUGCUUGCCCUGGCUGAACUGGCAACCAGCUAUGUGUCCCAGAGCAUUCCCUUCAUGAUGAUGACCCUGCUCACCAUGCAAACCAUGCUCAGGCUGACUGAGGAGGAGAGGAUGAAAGGAGCUUUCUGCAUUGCCCUAGAGAAGUUUAGCAGAGCUAUUUACAAGUAUGUCAACCACUGGAGAGAUUUCCCCUAUCCCAGAUUGGAUGCCAACCGCCUCUCUGACAAGAUCUUCAUGCUGUUCCGGUAUAUCAUGGACAAAUGGGCCUCCACGACCUCGCCCACGCAAAUUUUGGCCAUCAUUAAGGCUCACGGCCCCACAGUGAGCUUGCUGCUCCAUCGGGAAGACCUCUGUGAAUUCGCCCUGGGCCAGGUCCCAUGGCUCCUUAACCAGUACAAAGACAAAGAAGUUGACUUUCACGUCACUCAGAGUCUAAAACAGAUACUGACCGCAGCAGUCCUUUACAAUGUCAGCCUUCCGAAGGCCUUGAAGAAGGCCAUCUUCAUAGGUUUACUCCACCAGGUGUGCAGAGUUCCAGAGCCUCCAGAAAAAGAAAACGAAAUCGAAGCGUCAAACUGUUUCCUCAUUCUAGCCCAUUCAAGCCCUGCAGACCUGGUGGAUUUUUUUGAUGAACAAAUGAGAAAUAAUAAUGAAGCCAUUCGAACAGGAAUCUUGACUUUGUUAAGAUUGGCUAUCAGUGCUGAGGAGCCCAAGUUGAGGGAUCAUAUCACUUCAAUUGAAAAAGCAGUCAAAGUCGUCAUGGGUGACCUCAGUAUUAAAGUGAGGAACUCCACCCUCCUCCUCAUCCAAACCAUGUGUGAAAAAUGCUACAUUGAAGCCCGGGAAGGCUGGCCACUGAUCGACUACAUCUUCACCCAGUUCUCAGUGUCCAGCAAGAAUCCGGAGAAACCAAUAAAACCUAACUCCCAGGAGACUGAAAAGGGAGAGACAUCUAUCCGAGAAAUAAGCCUGGAGGUCUUAAAAACCCUGGACCCACUGGUCAUUGGAAUGCCUCAGGUGCUAUGGCCCAGAAUCCUGACUUUCGUGGUACCUGCGGAAUAUACGGGAACGCUGGAAUACCUGUUUAAUAUCAUCAGGAUUCUGUUUAUGGCAGAGGAAAGAAAGAAGAAGAAUGCCAAAGAGUCAACAGCACUUGUCAUCUCUACAGGAGCUGUGAAACUUCCUUCACCGCAACAGCUACUGGCCAGACUUCUGGUAAUAUCUAUGCUCGCUAGUGUGGGGAAAUUGCGUGGGGCUGGUGCAAUAGGACUUUUGAAGAUAUUGCCUGAGAUAAUUCACCCAAAUUUAGUAGAGUUGUGGAAAACACGCAUACCUGAACUUCUACAGCCUUUGGAAGGAAAGAAUACUAGUAUCGUGCUGUGGGAGACCAUGCUGCUUCAGUUGCUCAGAGAAUCGUUAUGGAAGAUCAAUGAUGUAGCCUGGACCAUUCAACUGAGUCGGGAUUUCAACCAGCAAAUGAAUAGUUACAGCAACACCUCUGUCGAGAAGAAAUUUCUUUGGAAAGCCUUGGGAGCCACCUUAGCAUCCUGCCAAGAUGUGGACUUUGUAAGCUCACAGAUUAAGGAAUUUCUGGCUGCUCCCCACCUCCUGGGGGACCAACGCCAGGGAAUAACAUCUGUCUUAGGAUACUGUGCUGAGAAACACUUUGAAGUUGUCUUAAAAGUUCUUAAAACAUUCCAAGAUCGGGAAAAGUUUUUCAUGAAUCGAUGUAAGGGUAUUUUCUCUGGGAAAAAGAGCCUGAGCAAAACAGAUGUCAUGGUAAUCUAUGGAGCCGUGGCCCUCCAUGCACCCAAGAGUCAACUCCUAACCAGGCUUGAUCAGGACAUUGUAUCCCAAGUCCUGUUUCUCUACAGCCAGUGCUCUCGGGUUCUGGGCAUGUCUGUGGUGAACAAGGACAUGGAUCUGCAGAUGAGUUUUACCAGAAGUAUCACAGAGAUUGGUAUUGCUGUCCAGGAUGCUGAGGAUGAGAAGUUCAAGUUCUCCUACAAGGAGGUGCUGCUGGGUUACAUGCUGGACUUCAUCAGGGAUGAGCCUCUGGAUUCCUUGGCCAGCCCUAUUCGGUGGAAAGCCUUAAUCGCCAUCAGAUACCUCAGUAAACUGAAACCUCAACUCUCACUGAAUGAACAUCUUAAUAUUCUUGAGGAGAAUAUUCGAAGGCUGCUGCCCCUUCCACCUCUGGAAAAACUCAAAAAUGAGGGUGAGACGGACAAAGACAAGGAGCACAUCCAAUUUCUCUAUGAACGAUCCAUGGACGCUCUCGGAAAGCUGCUGAAGACCAUGAUGUGGGAUAGCAUGAAAGCAGAGGACUGCCAAGAAAUGUUUAACCUUCUCCGAAUGUGGCUUGUCUCACAAAAAGACUGGGAAAGAGAGAGAGCCUUCCAGAUCACCUCGAAAGUGCUGACAAAUGAUGUCAAGGCACCAGAGAAUUUUAAGAUCGGCUCACUCCUCGGCCUCCUGGCUCCUCACUCCUGUGACACCCUGCCCUCCAUCCGCCAGGCUGCUGCUAGUUCGGCUGUUGGUCUGUUCUGUAUAAAAGGUGUUCACCUGGAAGUAGAAAGACUACAGGAUUUGCAGGAAGGGCUGCAAUGUGAUGAUGUGCAGGUCCAGAUCAAGAUUUCCUCCAAAAUAGCAAAGAUUGUCAGUAAACUCAUCCCCAGUGAAGAAAUGCUCAUGUUCCUGGAGGAAACCCUGGAUGGUCUGGAGAGCCUCAACCCCCCAUGUACAAAGGCCGGUGGCGUCUGGAUGAUCACCGCCCUAAAGGAACAGGGAGCUACUUUGGAAGACCAGCUGUUGGAGAUCUUGGGCAUAAUUUACCAUCACAUGCCGGUCCUCAGACAAAAGGAGGACAGUUUUCAGUUUAUGCUGGAAGCCGUCUCUCAGAUCGCCAGCUUUCACAUGGACGCAGUGGUUGCCAACCUUUUACAGAAGCCUCUGCCCUUUGACAGGGACACAAAGACACUGUGGAAAUCUCUGGCUGAGAACUCAGCUUCCAGUGGCAAACUCUUGCGAGCCUUAGUCGACAAACUGGAGAACGAGCUAGAAGAUGACCUAGCCAGGACAGAGGCGAUAUCUGUGGCCUGUGCCAUGUAUGAAGUGGUGUCGACGGGCACCCCUGUCGGGAGUCUGUACCCGGAGCUGUUCACGCUUCUCCUGAAGCUGGUCAGCUGCACGCUCGGUCAGAAGAUGCCCACCUCCGCCCUCAGCCGCCGCCGGCGGGUGAUGCCGCAGGGCGAGCGGCAGCAGAUAGCUGACCCCUGCAGGCUCUCAACUACAGCUCUGAAGUGUGUGCAGGCCCAGGCCAUGAGAGAAGGGCUGACCAAAGAAUCUGAUGAGGGAGACAACGUGUGGAGCCUCCUCAGCAGCCCCAAUACCCACCACAUAGGAGUCUGUGCACUGGCCAGGGGCAUGACCGUGUGGCAACAUGGAAUCAUACUGGACAUCACAGAACAACUCCUCCCAUCCCUGACCUCCUCCUCGGAGAACUACCGGAUAACAGGCACCGCUUUCUUCUCUGAGCUCAUGAAGGAGCCAAUCCUUUGGAAGCAUGGGAAUCUACGCGAUGUGCUUGUUCUGAUGGAUCAGAGCGCCUGGGACUCCAACCCCAUCCUGAGGCAAAUGGCCAUCCGGGGUCUCGGGAAUACAGCUUCUGGAGCCCCUCACAAGGUGAAGAAGCACAAGCAGAUAAUGCUAGAAUCUGUCAUCAGAGGCCUCUAUCACUUGGCCCGCACUGAGGUCGUCUGUGAAAGCUUGAAGGCUCUAAAAAAGAUCCUGGAGCUGCUCACAGACAGAGAUGUGAGCUUCUACUUCAAAGAAAUAGUGCUGCAAACAAGAACCUUCUUUGAAGAUGAGCAGGAUGAUGUGAGGCUGACUGCCAUCCUCUUAUUUGAGAAUCUGGCAUCCCUAACAGGAAGAAGGUGGAAGAUUUUUUUUGCUGAAGAAAUAAAAAAGAGCAUGAUUUCAUUCCUUCUCCACCUCUGGGACCCCAAUCCCAAGAUUGGAACUGCUUGCCGUGAUGUCCUGAUCAUCUGCAUUCCUUUUCUGGGCCUCCAGGAACUCUAUGGGGUAUUAGACCAUCUCUUGGAUGGUCAGGAUCUUCCAAGGGCCAGGGAUUUUUACAGGCAGUUCUGCAUGAAGCUGUCAAAGAGAAACCAAGAAAUCCUAUGGAUCCUCCACACACACUCAUUCACCUUCUUCAGCAGCAGCUGGGAGACCAUCAGGAGUGCAGCCAUCAAACUCACAGAUGCCAUUGUUCUCAAUUUGACCUACCAAUAUGUGGAGCUAAUAGACAGAGAACAACUGACCACACGGCUCCAAGCACUUCGACAGGACCCCUGUAUCAGUGUCCAGAGAGCAGCCGAAGCUGCCACACAGACCCUCCUAAGAAAGUGUAAAGAGAUAAGUGUCCAUCUGUAA